AUGUAUCGCUGCGCCGCUGGCAAGCUGCCGAUGAGAGCGGCCAGAUCGGCCAGAUGCCUUUCUACCUCUUGCCAUCUACAGCGUAUCAGUGCUGCCCGGCAGAAUGCAUUGGUGGCUGGGAAAAAGCCUCUGUCCGUCAUGACCACUGGCUCAGCGCAGCGCAGAAACUAUGCCAUUGCAGCGGAGGAUUCCAACAAGGGCGUGGACCCCAAUGAUUCCUUCCUACAAGGCAACACCGCCAACUACAUCGACGAGAUGUACCUCUCGUGGAAGCACGAUCCGACCUCCGUUCAUGUUUCCUGGCAAGCCUACUUCCGCAAUAUGGAGGAUGGCACAAUGCCCACCUCCCGGGCCUUCCAGCCUCCUCCAGGCCUCAUCUCCCAAGCCGACGGUGCUGCCACCAUGUCCCCGGCCACUGUCACCGCUGGAGAUCCAGAUGUUACCAACCAUUUAAAAGUUCAGUUACUCGUUCGAGCAUACCAAUCUACCGGUCAUCACAAAGCGAAGACGGAUCCCUUAGGCAUUAGAGGCGAGGCUGAAGCAUUCGGGCUUCGUAGACCAAAAGAGCUGGAACUCGACCACUAUGGUUUCACCGAGAAAGAUCUCGACCAAGAAUUUUCUCUCGGCCCCGGUAUCUUACCGAGAUUCGCGACAGAAGAUCGGCAAAAGAUGACUCUCCGAGACAUCAUCGCAGCUUGUGAGAGACUGUAUUGCGGGAGCUAUGGUGUCGAAUACAUCCACAUCCCAGACCGCGAGCAGUGCGACUGGAUCAGGAACCGCGUGGAAGUACCCACUCCCUUCAAAUAUUCUACCGAUGACAAGCGCCGCAUCCUUGAUAGACUGAUCUGGAGUUCGAGCUUUGAGACCUUCCUUGCCACAAAAUACCCUAAUGACAAGCGCUUUGGCCUGGAGGGCUGUGAGACACUCGUACCCGGCAUGAAAGCCAUGAUUGACCGAAGCGUCGACUAUGGCAUCAAAGACAUCAUCAUCGGCAUGCCUCAUCGAGGAAGACUCAACGUCUUGAGCAACGUCGUUCGCAAACCAAAUGAGUCCAUCUUCAGUGAGUUCUCGGGUACCUCCGAGGCCGCGGAUGAGGGUUCCGGAGACGUCAAAUACCAUCUUGGCAUGAAUUUCGAGCGACCGACUCCGUCGGGAAAGCGCGUUCAGCUUUCACUAGUUGCCAACCCUUCCCACUUAGAAGCUGAAGAUCCAGUCGUCUUGGGCAAAACCCGCGCUAUUCAGCAUUACAACGACGAUGAAACUACACAUAAAACUGCCAUGGGUGUCUUGCUGCAUGGUGAUGCUGCAUUCGCCGCACAGGGCGUUGUAUAUGAGACUAUGGGCUUCCAUGCCCUCCCAGCCUAUUCUACCGGCGGCACUAUCCACAUCAUCGUCAACAACCAGAUCGGGUUCACCACCGAUCCUCGAUUCGCCCGGUCCACACCCUAUUGCUCCGACAUUGCCAAAGCCAUCGACGCUCCCGUCUUCCACGUCAACGGUGAUGAUGUCGAGGCCGUAAACUUUGUCUGCCAACUAGCGGCCGAUUGGCGAGCUGAUUUCAAGAAGGACUGUGUUGUUGACAUCGUCUGUUAUCGGAAACAAGGCCACAAUGAGACCGACCAACCGUCUUUUACUCAACCUCUCAUGUACAAGCGCAUUGAGUCUCAAGUCCCACAACUUGACAAGUAUGUCCAGAAACUACUUGACGAAGGCACAUUCACCAAAGAGGACAUCGAUGAACACAAAAAAUGGGUAUGGGGAAUGCUCAACGACAGCUUCGAACGCAGCAAGGACUAUCAACCCACCGGAAAGGAGUGGCUUACGUCUGCCUGGAACGGUUUCAAAUCGCCCAAGGAGCUUGCCACCGAGGUCCUACCCCACCCUCCCACCGGUGUGCCUACGGAAAUCUUGAAAGAGGUCGGCACCAAGAUCGCCGAAGCCCCAGAUGGAUUCACUAUUCACCGGAACCUCAAACGUAUUCUGGCUGGCAGGAAAAAGGCAGUUGACGAAGGCAAGAACAUUGAUUGGUCCACCGCUGAAGCACUCGCUUUUGGAUCUCUUUGUCUUGAGGGUCACCAUGUUCGCGUGUCGGGUCAAGAUGUGGAACGCGGCACGUUCUCGCAGAGACAUGCCGUGCUUCAUGACCAAGAGACCGAGAAAACUUGGACUCCCCUCAAUAACUUGACAAAAGAACAAGGAGCCUUCUCCAUCUCCAAUUCAUCAUUGAGCGAAUUUGGGUGCCUCGGCUUCGAGUAUGGCUAUUCCCUAUCCUCCCCAAAUGCCCUCGUCAUGUGGGAAGCACAAUUUGGCGACUUCGCAAAUAACGCACAAUGUAUCAUUGAUCAAUUCAUCGCUUCAGGUGAAGUAAAGUGGCUGCAACGAUCUGGCCUCGUAUGUUCACUCCCCCAUGGCUACGAUGGCCAAGGACCGGAACAUUCUUCAGGCCGUGUGGAGCGUUACCUGCAACUUUGCAACGAAGAGCCUCGCAUCUUCCCUUCAGCCGACAAAUUAGAACGCCAGCAUCAAGAUUGCAAUAUGCAGGUGGCCUAUAUGACCGAACCUUCAAAUUACUUCCACAUCCUGAGACGCCAGAUGAACAGACAGUUCAGAAAACCUCUCAUCGUAUUCUUCUCCAAAUCGCUUCUGCGCCAUCCCCUUGCUCGCUCCAGCAUUGAAGAUUUUACUGGAGAUUCUCACUUCAAGUGGAUCAUCCCCGAUCCAGAGCACGGUAAAUCCAUUGCUGGGCCAGAAGAGAUCGACCGCGUAGUAUUGUGUACUGGUCAAGUAUACACUGCUCUCCACAAGUUCCGUGGCGAGAAAGGCCACAACAAAACCGCCAUCACCCGUAUCGAACAACUCAACCCAUUCCCGUGGGCUCAACUGAAAGAAAACCUGGACAUCUACAAGAAUGCAAAGACAAUUGUCUGGUGUCAAGAAGAACCUCUCAAUGCUGGGGCCUGGAGUUUUGUACAACCUCGCAUUGAGACGUUAUUAAACCAGACAGAACAUCACAAUAGACGCCACGUCAUGUAUGCUGGCAGAGAUCCUAGUGCCUCUGUAGCCACUGGGCUCAAGGCCAACCAUGUAAAGGAGGAGAACCAGCUGUUGGAAGAUGCCUUUUCUGUGACUCAGGAUAAGCUCAAAGGAGAGUAG